AUGGUCAAUUCGAACGAUCUUUUCUUGGUCGUGAUGAGCCCGCACGUCUGGUUGCUCGCAAUCCUCUUCCUCUGCCAGUACCGCCAGUCUCAUCUGUAUGUGCUGACCGUGGUGGAUUGUUGUCGCGAGGAUGCCGCCAGCGGGUUCAGCAGCGGUCAACUCAGUGGUGGUCCUCUGUCGCUGAUGCAGCAGCGCAUCAUGGAGCACGUGCGCGACUCAGUUGGAGCGCUGGGGGCUCCACCGGCAGGCGUCGACACCUCGGAAGCUCUGCGGAGGCUUCGAGCGCCUGGCUUCUACGGCUCCGACGAGGACGUGAAGCUGGGGAACUACAGUCCCGAUCUGCUCUCGCUGCCGUCCGUGGGGAGCCAUGCGGUUCCGCUCGCGGACUUGUGGGGCGCAGGCGGGCGCAGGCGCGUCGCGGAGUUCGUCCGCGAUAGUGUGCUACCUGCGGGGCCGGCGCUGGAGAGGAGGAAGAUGUGCGGCGUGAGGGCGCCCUCUUCCGACCCAGCUCUUCGCCAACCGCGUGUGUGGAGCGAUUUUGUAUCGCGGCUUCAUCGCAGCGGCCUGCUAGAUUUUGCCUGCGACCGCGGCAGAGAGUCCGUGGAGUUCUUCUGUGUUCCGAAAAAGGAUCAGCGGUUGAGACUCGUUUGCGAUUGUCGUCACAGCAACGUUUGGUUUCGUGAGCCUGAUAAUGUGACCCUUUGUACUGGUGAGACCCUUGGGAACCUCGAAGUCGGUGAAGACGAGACGCUUUAUAUUUCGGAAGCUGACCUGUCCAAUGCAUUCUACCAUUUGCAGCUGCCUGUCGAGUUGCGGGAUCUGUUCACCCUUAGGCGUGUCCGUGCUCGGGAUAUCGGCUUGACUGAGAUCGACGGGAUGCCGUAUGUCGACAACUUCGUGGCUAUUUCGACUGUCGCCUCCAAGGUGCAUCGCCUCGCGUCCGCCGUCGUGGAGGGUUUCAGGGAGGCGGGGUUGGUCGUGACCGCCGAUGUCGACUCGCCCGGAGAGGAUCUCGCUCGGGACCGCACCGUCUUGGGAUGGGAUAUCAGUUGUCGUGCCGCUGUCCUGAGGCCUACCCGGGCCCGUGUCUGGAGGGCUCGCUUGUGUGUCCGUGCCGUGCUUCGUCGUGGCCGCAUCUCUGGGAAGAUCCUCGAGAGGCUUGUGGGGCACAUGGGGUUUAUCAGCCUGGUCCGACGGGGAAGCCUCUCGGUCUUCGACACGCUGUUCGCGUUCAUCCGCCGCUUCUACUCCGAGGAGGCCCCGCUGUGGCCCAGUGUCAUCAACGAGCUCACGAUCUGGGAGGGGAUCGCGCCGCUGCUGUGGCGCAACCUGAAGGCCUCGUGGGGGCCGUCGCUGUGCGCCGUCGACGCUUCCCCGACUGUUUCGGGAGUCUGCUCGUCGCCGAUCUCUGUUGAGGAGGCCCGGGGGCUUGGGAGACAUUGCGAGCGGUGGCGUUUCUCUGGGGGUGCGCGUCUUCCCCCGCGACUUCAGGCUGCCGCCGCUGCCGCCGUGUCCGACGACCCCGAGGUGCAGUGGCUGUCUGGAGUGCACGACAACGGGUCCGGAGGUCUCUGGGAUGUUGAUGGGGGGCCGCCGCCUGCUGGCAGUGCCGCCGCCGUCCUGGGUUCCGGGCUCGGCGAUUCUCGUGACGCCGUGUUUCGUGGGGUACCCCUGAAGCUCUUAAGACGUGACUGGAAGAUCGUCGGGAGGUACAAGUGGAACGUUGAGGAGCCGAUGCCUAUCCUCGAGGGCCGGGCUAUCCUAUAUGCGCUCCGACACGCCCGGAGGAAUUUUCAGAACUUCGGGCGGCGGAUCGCGGUCCUGGGGGGCGCCCUCGUCGCUGCCUGCGCUGUCUCGAAGGGGCGGUCUGAUUCGAGGGCGAUGCUCAAGGUCGCCCAGUCCGUUGCUGCUCUCUGUCUGGCCACUGGGUGCGUGUGUCACUGCCGGUGGCUCCCCUCAGAGUGGAACGUGGCUGACGGGCCCUCGAGAGGGCUUGCAGUACCGUCAGUGCCGCAGCCGCUCGUCGCCGUCGACCGGCUCCCCGCCGACUGGGUCGGCUUCGCGGCCCUCGGGGAGGAGCAGCCAGACGCGGACGCCAGCCGCUUCGACCCCAUCUUCGUCGGCGGCGCCCGCGUGAAGGAGGCGGCGAGGCGGCGGGCGGCCGCGACCGCGGCCGAGGGGUUGACUGUCUGCCAGACUCAGUUGCGGCUGUACCAAGACGAUUUUGCCUCGUUCAAGCGCUGGCUGAAUCGCCAGGGCCGCCUGAUGCCCGAGGGCGAGCUGGAGACCGACCAGACCCUCUCCCAGUACUUGGACGAGAUGUACCUCGACGGUGCGCACGUGAGCUUGGGGCGGCGGAUGCUCGCCGCGGUGCUGUUCCACCAGUCGGCGCUGAGCAGGGCGGGCGGCGCGCGGAUGGCGCGGAGCCGCCGCGCGCUCAAGGGCUGGCAGCGGCUGGCGCCUGCAGGCUCCAGGCUCGGGGUGCCGUGCGAGGUGAUGUGCAUGAUAGUGAUGUGGAUGUGGGCGCACGGCCUGUGGGAGGAGGGGCUCGUGACCUGGCUGACGUUCGAGAUGUACUACCGCCCGAACGAGCCGUUCACCCUCCGCGCGCGGGACCUCGUGCCGCCGGUGGCGGGCUCGCGGGCCGGCGGCAGCUGGUCGCUGACGCUGCGCGCCCGCGAGCACGGGGUGGCCUCAAAGACCCAGGAGUUCGACCAGGCACAGCUCCUGGACCUGGACCGGCAGGCGGCUCUCGGCCCAGCGCUCGGCGCCAUGCUGGAGGCGCGCUUCGGGCCGCAGUGGCGCCAGGCGGUGCUGAAGCGGCCUGCGGGCAGGCUGGGGCGUGCUGCUGCGCAUGACGGGCUGCAGGUGCUCUGGUGGGACAUCUCGUUCGGUGACGCCUAUGACCUGACGCUUGGCAAGAAUCAGAACCUGCUGUUGGGCUGGCUCGCUGGAGGCCUCAUCAUCGGGUUUCACGUCGCGCUGCCGUGCCAGACCUACUCCCGCAUCCGCGAUCGUGGAGGCGGGCCGCCGCCGCUGAGGUGCCUCGGUAGCCGCAGAAUGUGUGCCCGCACUGGCGAGCCGCACCAGCAGUUGGCUCACAGUGAGAAUGGAGGUGGUGGCCGUGUUCGUUUGGAGCUCAAUUCUGGGGACGCCGAGGCCCUGGCCCCCGCCAAGCAGAAGGCCGCCGAGUCGGAGAAGGAGAAGUCCAAGGCCGCUGACCUCGCCAAGCAGCCGGCCGCGGUCAAUGCGGCCGAGGAUGCUGCGCAGCUGGUCGCCCUGGCCAAGGCGCCCGCGAAGAAGGCGCGUCACACGUCGAGGGCGGGUGCUCGCCAGGGCAAGUCGUCGAGCUCAUCAUCGUCGCCGGAGCUCGCUGCUCCGGGCAAGGACGUCACCCUGGCCACCAUCAAGGCUGCCGCGGCCGCAGCGAGGGGCCCUGGCGCAGCCUUGGCGCAGACCUCGGCGCAGAAAUUGGCGGCGCAUUUCGCGACGCUAAUCGGCGAGCGGUCCCGCCAGGGCACGGCGCGAGAUCUCCCCGCGGGAGCACAGGCGGGCGGCGACCGCUCGGCGGCGCGCCUGCGGAGGGCGGGCGCCGCGGGCCAGCCGCGGGGCACGGCGCUGACCAAGGCGCGGGCCAGGAUGCCAGCCAUGCGCCACGCUGAUCCUGGCCAGGAGCCGCUCGCGGCGGCGCCGGGGCCGCAGCCGGCCUCUCCGCAGGAGCCGCUCGCGGCGGCGCCGGGGCCGCAGCCAGCCCCUGCGGCGCGAGGUGCCGCCCCCGCCGCGGACCCCCUCAUCGCGGUCAUCGGCCUCGGCGGGGUCGGCAGCCACUGCGCCCACGCCCUGGUGCGGGCGGGCGUGCGCCGGAUGAGGCUCGUGGACUUCGACAGGGUCUCGCUCUCCUCGCUGAACAGGCACGCGGUCGCCACCCGCAGCGACGUCGGGACGCCGAAGGUGGCCGCGUGCGCGGCGCACCUGCGUGCGGCCGCGCCUGGCUGCGCUGUCGACGCGCGCGACGAGAUGUUCACGGCCUCCAGCGCGGAGCGCCUCCUGGGCACCUCGGCGGGGCCAGGCUCAGCUCCUGCGGUGGUCAUCGACUGCAUCGACGACGUGGACACCAAGGCCGACCUCUUGGAGGCCUGCGUGAAGCGCGGCAUCCAUGCCCUCAGCGCGCUGGGCAGCGGCGCAAAGGGGGACCCGACGCAGCUGUGCGUGGCCCGCGGGCUGCGGGACAUCGAGAGCGACCCCCUUGCGACGAAGCUGAGGAAGGUGGCUGGGGCGCGGGGCGUCGACCUGUCAGAGGUGUCUUUCGUGUAUUCCUCGCAGAAGCCGCAGUGCACUCUGCUGCCGCUGUCCGAGGAGCAGCAGGCGAAGCCACAGGACUUCGGCAACGUCGCCAACUUCAGGAUUCGCGUUAUCCCAGUGCUGGGCACCCAGCCGGCCAUCGCGGGGGUCGCGCUGGCCGCGCAGGCACUGAUGGAGGUUGGGCUCACCCGGCCCUUCUCGCCGCGCCAACUGCCAACGCCAGCGCCGAGGCUGGCGGAGCGGUGCCUGGAGCAGCUGCGCAAGCGCGAGGGCAUCCGCUCCGCUGGCCGCCCGUGCGCCAUCGACGCGACGCUCACGGAGGUCAGGUUCCUCAUCAACGAGGUCUGGGGGGGGCGCAGCGCGCUCAACGACCAGCACGCGAUCGGCGGGUCCUCAGGGCAGCGUUUCACCUUCGCCCGCUGGGACCCCGAGCGCCCCCUGGGCGCCGGGAACCUGAUACUCUGUACGGAGGCGGAGGCCGACGCGCACCGCUCCCCUCUCGAGGUGCCCGUCGCCGUGCGCGAGCGCAUCGAGGCCGCGCUGGUGCGAGUCCGGCAGCGCUCCGAGCUCCCCGCCCUCCGGCCACAGGAGGUGGCCGCCGUGGCGACCCCCGUGCCAGCCGCCGCGGCGCCGCCGCUCGGCGCUGCGGGGUCCCCGCGCCCCGGCGGGGGCGGCAGAGACUGGGCUGGCGGCGAGGUCGGGCACGCGCGCGUGCGCGGGGCCUUUGCGGUGGUGGUCGGCCUCGGCGUGGUCGGCAGCGCGGCGGCGUCACUGCUGGCAAGGGCCGGUGUCGGCCACCUGCGGCUCGUGGACGCCGCCGCGGUCCGCGCGGGCGCGUGUCACGCGGUUGCGCACGCCGCCGACGCCGGCAGGCCGAAGGUGGAGGCUUGCCAGCGCGCGUUCGGGGCCAUACUGCCCUGCAGCAGGGUCGACGCCAUCGUAGCUCCCUUUUGCGCCGAGGGCGCGGACCAGCUGCUGCUCGCCGGCGGCGGGCGCGCGGCAGACGUGGUCGUGGACUGCACCGGCAGCCUGGCGUCCAAGGCCGCAAUCGUGGAGGCCGCCGCCGCGCGGGGCAUCCGCGUCGUCUCCGUCGCCUCGGCCGGGGACCUGGCGGACCCGACGUGCAUCGGCACAGCACCGCUGGCCGAGGUGCACGCCUGCCCGGCGGCCGUGGCGCUUCGGCUCUCCUUGGCGCGCGCGGGCGUGGCGGCGGAGAGCCUGGAAGGUGUCGACGCGGUGUUCUCCAGCGAGCCUUGGCAUUGGGCGGAGGAGCCACCAGACGGCAGCGCCAGCCGCGCGCUGGUCAAGCUGUGCCUCGGGCUGGCCGCCGCUGCCCUGGCGCUGCACCGCCUGGCGGGCCUGGCGGCACCGGAGCCGGCGGUCCCGGGCACCAUGGGGGUUUGGAAGAAGCUGCGGCGCGGACUGCCGCCAGAGGCCCUCGCCGCGCUGGACCUGAACGCGGUCGGCUGCGUGGCGGAGUACAUGUGGGGGGGCCGCAGCGCGCUGACCCGCUCGUGCGCGGGGCGGCUGGCGCUCGCGCGCUGGGACCGCUCGCUGCCCUGGGGGCUCGGCAACGUGGCGCUGCUGACUUCGGAGGAGGCGGCCAGCCGCGAGGGCGCGGACCCCGACGACCUCCUCUCCGGCGGGGAGGGCGCGUGGCAGUGCGCGCAGCUGGCGAUCGAGCGGAUGCGCGCCCAUCUGGACCGCCUCGGCCGUGACGCGCCUGAGCGCGCCCAGGGGCAGGCCGUUUCAGGGGCCGCGGCCCGGCUGCGAGCGCUGGCGCCGCGCCUCGGAGCCCUCGCAGGCGGCGUCCUGGCGUGCGGCGCGCUCGCUCCCGCCCUGGCGCGCCUGGUUCGCGAGGCGCGGGCGCCGCGAGGCCCUGGCGGCCGAGCGGCCGCGGCCGCAGCCCUCUGCGCCGCCGCGGCGGCGGCCGCCGGCGCGCGGCUGCUGCGGCGCGCGACGGGGCCGCGUGCACACGCGAGCGGCGCCGCGGGUCGGGGCCUGUGCGCGGGCGCGGCGCUAGGCACGGGCUUCUUCGGCCUGGUUGCGAACACUCCGCUUGUGGAGCUCAGGAGCUUGUCGGAGGCCACUGGUCGCAGGAUCGUCGCCAAGGCCGAGUUUCUCAGCCCGGGCGGCUGCCAGAAAGACCGCGUGGCGGCGCGCAUGAUCGAGGAGGCGGAGCGGGCGGGUCUUCUGCGGCCGGGGGGCACGAUUGUGGAGGGCACCUCUGGCAGCACCGGCAUCUCCCUGGCGCUCGCGGGGGCCGCGCGCGGCUACCGCGUGCGCAUCGUGAUGCCCGACGACCAGGCGACCGAGAAGGUGCAGGCGCUGCGCCGGUUCGGGGCCGAGGUGGAGCUGGUGCGCCCCGCAAGCAUCUCCAGCCCCGAGCACUACGUGAACGUGGCCCGCAGGCGGGCUCAGGAAGCGGCGGAGGACGGGGGCGGCGGCGGCUGCUUCUUCGCGGACCAGUUCGAGAACCCCGCGAACUUCCGCGCGCACUACGAGGGGACCGGCCCAGAGCUGUGGUCGCAGUGUGGGGGCAGGCUGGACGCCUUCGUGAUGUCCGCGGGCACCGGCGGCACCCUCUCGGGCGUCGGGCGGUUCCUGAAGGAGGUGGCGCCAGAGGUCGCAGUUGUCCUCGUCGACGUGCAGGGCUCAAGCCUCUACCACAAGGUCGCCUCGGGGGUGCUGUUCGCGCCGGAGCAGCCACGGUGGCCCCCCUUCGCGAAGCUAUAUGCCGCAGAGGCGGCAUUCUGGCAUGUCGAGGGGCCGUAA